AUGGACUCCCGGCCCGGUACGUGCUGGCGGUGUGGCGGCGAGGCGGCCAUGCCCUGUCCGCGGUGUGAGCUGGCCCGGUACUGCGGGGAACACUGCCGGCAGCUAGACCUCCUCAGGCACGAGGUGGAGUGUACAAACUGUACAGUUAGCCAAUCCUGCAGCCUCCCGAGCUGCGGCGUGUCUACACGGGAGGCCAGACCCUGCUCCGCCUGUCAGGAGGUGUGGUACUGCAGCCCGGCAUGUCAGCGGUCCGACUGGGCCCGACACAAGGCCGCCUGUCAGCAGACAACACGGUACAUACGACAAGCAGCCGCCAACAUCGCCGCUAGGCUGGCCGCCGACCAGAAGAAGAAAGGUGCCGGGUUGUCCACGACCUACUACUGGGGAAACACGGUUGCGGUAGAUCUGCUGCAACUGCCACAGAACGAAGGUUCCCAUGGUACCGGUUGCCAUGGUGACGGUUGCCAUGGUGACGACUUUAACCUUCUUCUGCUCGGGACAGGAAGUAUGAGGCACGUCGUCCUCACGGCAGCAGAACUUCCCGAAGAGUUCACCGGUAAAGUGAACUUCGUCUUGAACGACAAUGACUUCCAGGUGAUGGCCCGGAACGUGCUGAUGUUACACCUGCUCUGGAGGUAUGGAGACAAAGAAGAUGUCGCCAUGGAUGUCACACAGAUCUGGUACUCUAUUCUCAUCAGCAAGGAGCAGACAGAGAUGAUCAGAACCUGCCUGGAAGACCUUCUGAACGUGGAGUGUGAUGACAAUGAAGUGGUUGCUCUCUGUACCGGGCUAAUCACUGUCAGGUCUAUCCACUUCACGGCGCUUAAGAAGAUGUGGAAGACUUGGCUCAAGCUUCUCAACGAAGAAGGGACCAAGAAGUCCGUAACGAAAGAGUUUCAAGCCAUCUACUGGAAGCGACUUCGAGGGUUUCCCAAAGAGCCUCGUAUGGGAGUGGACAGCCACCUGCUCCGGCUACCCGAGCGGUACAGAACGACGGUGCGAGACUGGUACGAGAACGGGAUCCUUAUCAGCAAGAGGGACCAGACAAGGAAACACGCAGACAGCGAUAACAUCACACUCAUGUCGACAAACACUCGCUUCGCUAACUUCUUUGCAAAGGUGGCGAGUGCGAUAAAUGGGGGUUCUAAAGUACCUUACACCAUGCCUUGUCCAGAACUAACUCUUGGACUACAAAGUGAUUCGACUCCCUUCGGAGCGUGGGACUGUUUGUCAGUCAAAGACUUCUGUGACGACGACUGUGUCCUGAAGAUGUACUCAAUGUACAUCAGCGACAAGAUUUCAAGGUUACAGGAUAAAAUCAAGGGAGACAGGAUAACAGUGAUGUUCGUGUUGUCUGAUUGCCUGGAGGUAUCGGAGCACAUACCAGAAGGAACGGUGUUCGACCGGAUCCACACCUCAAACCUGGCUGAUUACCGAGCGACCCUGGGACAGACGGACGCCGCCGCCUUCAUCCCAUCGGAAAGCCUGACGGAGAAACUGGAAGAUGCUGCCCGCAAGGACAUCGCUGCUCUUCGAUGCGGGGCGACCAAAGAGCUGGACGGAGACCUAACCACUGUGCUCCACGUUUUGAGAGGGAGGAAGGUUUUGAUGGAGUACUUCGACAACUGGGUUCCGUUCAUGUGGUACCUUCGUGCAGAACUGCUGGCCAGAAUGACGCCUUCUUCAGUUCUGGAAGUGGAGAACAACGGUACAAAUAAUCCAGGAGUCUGUGCCAAAGUACCGAAGAUGAACGAAGUUAGCACAGCCUGUGGAAUGAAGCUACGCAAUUUCUCUAAAGUCUCAAACAAGAUCUGUCCCUUUAAACCCCGUGUGAACGCCAAACCCAUCUCUGAUCCAAACGUGUACCUCCGCGUUCUUGAAUGGACACUGUGAAUGAAGAUAAUGAAAAUUAACUAG